CCUGCUUGGAGGAAUACUUUCGAACCCAGCCUGAGGCUAGCGAACCCUUGGAGCUCCUUAUCAGAGGCUACACCUGCGGGUGUGUCCGCAGCCCGAGGAAGAAGGACCCACCCCAGGGCUCCAUCCACCUCUGCAGGAGAACAGAAUGCAACCUCAAGUGCAUAGACCUGCCAGCUGCUCCCUGACCUGGCUGGCCCCGCACGGGCCCCUUCCCCACCUGUCUCUUCCAGGCACACGUGCGCCAUCUUUCAGGUCCACACACACACACACACACACACAACACACAUCCCGAGGCAAGAAGGCCCUGCUCCAUGUUGUCACCACCAGCCCUACCCUCUCUGACAGCACUGGGACCCUGGGCCCAGGUUCCUGCCAGCCUCACCUGACAGGGACGAGCCUGGUGAGAAGCCGAGUGGGUGGCAGGGCAGCCAGGCCAUGUCCUUUCCCACCUCUCGGGGCUCAAGCAUCGAGAGGCCAAACCAGGCCCUGGCCCAGGCUGUGUGCUUCAAGCCGUGCCCCCUUCAGCAACAGGACAGAGCUCGGCCACAGCUGGCUCCAGGAAAUACUGAACAAAUGAGGUGAACAAAGGAGGGACGGUCCCCCACGAGACGCCAUGAGCCGAGGUGUGGGUGCACCCCCACUGCAGGAUGCAGCUACUCCUCACCCAGGGGGCAGCUGCCCCAGGGCCCCACUCUACCCUGCCAGACAGCUGGCUCAGCCACACCCUGUCACUGCCAUUCAGCCAGCUGAGCUUCAGGUCACAGGGCAGGGUGGGGUCAAGGUGGCCUGCAGGGGAGGGGAGGGACUUAGAGCCUUUUACAGCCAGGGACAAAGUCCUCCCUGAUUUAAACCCUGCAGCCUGCGCUGUAGCUGGUACCCUGGCGUCCCAGACUACGGCCACCCACAGACAUGCAGGGGUCCUGGGUGCUGCUGCUGCUGCUGCUGCUGGGCCUGAGGCUGCAGCUGUCCCUCUGCGUCAUCCCAGGUGUGGAGGAGAACCCAGCCUUCUGGAACCUCAAGGCAGCAGAGGCCCUGGACGCCGCUAAGAAGCUGCAGCCCAUCCAGACGAUGGCCAAGAACCUCAUCCUCUUCCUGGGCGACGGGAUGGGGGUGCCCACGGUGACAGCCGCUCGGAUCCUAAAGGGGCAGUUGAAUGGAAACCUGGGGCCUGAGACACCUUUGGCCAUGGACCAAUUCCCGCACCUGGCUCUGUCCAAGACAUACAACGUGGACAGACAGGUGCCGGACAGUGCAGGCACGGCCACGGCCUACCUGUGUGGGGUCAAGGCCAACUACCAAACCAUCGGCCUGAGCGCGGCCGCCCGCCUCAACCAGUGCAACACCACGCGCGGCAACGAGGUGCUCUCUGUGAUGAACCGCGCCAAGAAAGCAGGGAAGUCGGUGGGAGUGGUGACCACCACGAGGGUGCAGCACGCCUCGCCAGCCGGCACGUACGCGCACAUUGUGAACCGCAACUGGUACUCGGACGCCGACAUGCCUGCCUCGGCACUCCAGGAGGGCUGCCAGGACAUCGCCACGCAGCUCAUCUCCAACAUGGACAUUGACGUGAUCCUAGGCGGGGGCCGCAAGUACAUGUUUCCCAGGGGGACCCCAGACCCUGAGUACCCCAGUGACGCCAGCCAGAACGGAACCAGGCUGGAUGGGAAGAACCUGGUGCAGGAGUGGCUGUCCACCCGACCGGGUGCCCGGUAUGUGUGGAACCGCUCGGAGCUCAUUCAGGCGUCCCUGGACACGUCUGUGACCCACCUCAUGGGCCUCUUUGAGCCUGGAGACACGAAAUAUGAAACCCAGCGAGACCCGGAACUGGACCCCUCCCUGAUGGAGAUGACGGAGGUGGCCCUGAGAGUGCUGAGCAGGAACCCCCAAGGCUUCUACCUCUUCGUGGAGGGGGGCCGCAUUGACCAUGGUCAUCACAACGGCAGGGCUUUUCGGGCACUGACCGAGGCCAUCAUGUUCGACUCCACCAUCAACAUGACUGGCCAGCUCACCAGCGAGCAGGACACGCUGACCCUGGUCACCGCUGACCACUCCCACGUCUUCUCUUUCGGGGGCUACACAUUUCGGGGAAGCUCCAUCUUCGGGCUGGCCCCCAGCAAGGCGCAGGACGGCAAGGCCUACACGUCCAUCCUGUACGGCAACGGCCCGGGCUUCGCGCUCGACUCGGGAACGCGGCCCGACGUCAGCGAGAGCGAGAGCGAGGUCCCCACCUACCGGCAGCAGGCGGCCGUGCCGCUGUCGUCGGAGACGCACGGCGGCGAGGACGUGGCGGUGUUCGCGCGCGGCCCGCAGGCGCACCUGGUGCACGGCGUGCAGGAGCAGAGCUUCGUCGCGCACGUCAUGGCCUUCGCCGCCUGCCUGGAGCCCUACACCAACUGCGACCUGGCGCCCCCCGCCGGCGUCGCCGACAGCGCGCGCCCCGGGGCGGCGGCGGGCCCGCUGUCCCUGCCCCUGCUGGCCGGGUCGCUGCUGCUGGCGACCGCCCUGACCGCCCCACCCAGGCUUCCGCUCUGUAAUACAUUCUAGAAAGAAAAAUCACGCGUCGGGGGGCAGAGUGCGUGGUGCAGGGGUGAGGAGCAGACAGUUGAACAAGAGACCUGAACAAAGUGGACGCUUGAGCAGCACAGGACAGCAGUGCAAAGGCCCUGAGGCAGCAAUCAGCAGGCACUGGGACAUCUUUGCCUUGAAGGGACAGACGCAGGGACAGUUGGACA